AAUAGCGGUACUAUAUUUAUCGCCAUAUUUGUGAUGGCGACCGAUAUUUAUAGAUCGUAAGGGUGUUGUUAUUCAAUAAAUAAAUGCAUUAAAAAUGGAGGAGACGAAAGUUAUUUAUUACAUAGACGAUGAAGAAACGCCGUACCUAGUGAAAAUACCUAUCUCACCGGAGAAAGUGACUUUGUUGGACUUCAAAAACCAGUUGAAUCGACCGAACUAUAAGUUUUUCUUUAAAUCCAUGGACGAUGAUUUCGGUGUUGUUAAAGAGGAAAUUGUUGACGAUAACGCUCAUUUACCGUGUUUUAACGGUCGUGUAGUGUCGUGGCUAGUGUCUGCCGAGGGCUCGAACCCUUCGGACGGAGCUUCACAGUGUACUGAUAGCAAUGCAGGGAAAGGCAAACAAACUCACGGGGCUCCGGCGCCCGUCACCCGGGACACCUGCACCGAUACGGACAGCACCAUCAGCUCCCGUCCCGGCCACAGAGCGUCCUGCGACAAGUAUAAAUACCGUGGAUUACGGAUAAACGGCCACUCAAAAUAUGGCAACCAUGGGUUGGAAUACGAGACAGCUUCCGUGCUCAGUUCUGACUUAGACUCCACAAGUUUGUUCGACAGCCAGUCAGAAAUCACCACGACGACUGGGAGGCACACUAACGCCUCCGUAGACCGAGCCCUGACUGAAUGCAGCAGUGUUUCUCACCUGCAAGUGAGUUCUCGUAAAAGGCCACAAAGGAGACGAAAGAGGCCGCAAGUCAUGUCUAGAACCUCCUCCUAUUCAUCUAUAACUGACUCUACGAUGUCUAUGCACAUUAUCACGGUGACUCUGAACAUGGAUACUGUGAAUUUCCUGGGUAUAUCUAUAGUUGGCCAGUCAAAUAAGGGUGGAGACGGUGGAAUAUAUGUUGGCAGCAUUAUGAAAGGAGGUGCUGUGGCUCUGGAUGGGAGGAUAGAGCCGGGAGACAUGAUAUUACAGGUGAACGACGUGAACUUUGAAGACAUGACGAAUGAUGAGGCGGUGCGCGUGCUCCGCGAGGUGGUGCAGAAGCCGGGGCCCAUCAAGCUGGUGGUCGCCAAGUGCUGGGACCCCAACCCUAAGGGGUACUUCACUAUUCCUAGAACAGAGCCUGUGAGGCCUAUUGAUCCAGGCGCAUGGGUAGCUCACACCCAAGCCCUACGCGAGGCCUACCCGCCGCCCCCUCCAUCGCUCUCCGCGCUCCCGGUAUCGUCAGUAUCGGAGCGCGGGGCUUCGGACGCGUCGACGCUGCCGGCGGGAGCGUUGGAGCCCCAGCUCUCUGUCAAUAUGGACAUGGCUAUUGUGGUUAGGGCUAUGCUGAGGCCUGAAUCGGGCCUAGAAAUCCGCGACCGCAUGUGGCUCAAAAUAACUAUACCGAACGCGUUCAUCGGCGCCGACGUGGUGGACUGGAUCCUGCAGCACGUCGCCGGCAUCGCGGACCGACGCGACGCCAGGAAGUACGCCUCGCACAUGCUCAAGGCGGGCUUCAUCCGUCACACGGUGAACAAGAUAACGUUCUCGGAGCAGUGCUACUACGUGGCGGGCGAGCUGUGCGCGCAGCUGGCGGCGCUGCGCCUGCGCGGGACUGACGCGGACAGUGUGCUGAGUGACACUCUCGCGCCGCUGCCUAACCCCAACAUAAUGGGUCCCGGCUACAUGCCGUACGCGGGCUCGUACGGCUACCAGCCGAUACCCUUCAAGUACUCCUCCUGCGUCAACAGCGAACACACUGUAUAUGGCUACAACCGCGAGGAGAGCGUGGUGUCGGGCAGCGGGGGCUCCAGCGGCGGCUCCGAGCGCCUCACGGCCAAGGAGCGGGAGCCCGAGCGCAAGUCCACCUCCUCCUCCUCCUCCGCCGCGCCCGAGCCCGUGCCCGAGCCGGACCGGCCCGUGCUCUUCCUAUAACGGAGCGUAUUUUGAGGUGUGCCCUCUGAAAACUGCCAAAAAUCGUGACGUAUAUAAUAUAUUAUAUUAUUCGAUACGUCUUAGAGGAUGCGGCUGACUUCUGACGCAGCUGGGUAAAGAAGGUAUUUAAAACGGUACUAUAGGCUUUUUAAUUAAUUUAUUGUUGAAGAAAUGAACAUUUUGAUAAAAUAUGACGGUUUUUGUGUAUAAAAAUAGGUAUGCAAAUGUGUUAUUUUGAGAAUUUCAGUAUUGUAUUUCAAAUUGUUAAUUUUUAAUCGACUUUCUAAAAAGGGGGUUCUCAAUUCGCAUGUUUUUUGAGAAAUCAGUAAAUUGUUUGAAUAAGCACUAUUAUUUUAUAUAAAAAAUAUCAGGUAUAAGUUGUAUACCUACAUAUUUUUAUACCCAAUUACUGAAAUGUAUCCGCCAUAACUGCACAAAUGUCUCAAAAACGACUUCCAUUUUUUAAGUCUGGAAGUCGAUGUCUAAAACUGAAAUAGUGUUAACAAUUGUAACUCAAUGUCGAAAAGCGACUUCAAGAUUUUUUGAAGUCUGGAAGUCGGCGGCCAGUCGCAGCCCACGGUAAAGCUAAUCAUGAUACUAGACCGCCAUAUAAUUUUAGUCUUAUGUAUAUUAUUAGUUUAAGUGUAAAUAUCUAAUUGUAACACCCUAUAUAUAACUUAAAAAACUAAAAUAAUACACUUUUUAGAGAUAGGAACGAGAGUGGCAAUAAUUUAAACACCCUGUUUUAACCGAUUGUCGAAACAAAAAGAUGGUAAUGCUUUUUGUUUAGGUACUAAUAUUACAAAACUGAAGAGUUUGCUUAAACCCGCUAAACCCGGGAACUACUAAAUCGUUUUGAAAAUAUCUUCCUGUGCCAGUUCAGUAGAUAGCUCAUUUAUCGAGGAACGCUGGUGACUUUUUAUCCGAUGAUAAAGACGACGACUAAUAUAAUGAAGAGGAUUUUUUUGUUGAUUUGUAAAGGCUCCGAAACUACUCCGAACCCAUUUGAAAAUGUAAAACUCUUGUGUGUGAAAACUCUUUCACUGUUGGUUCGCUACACUCUUCCCGAGUAACAUAGGCUAUACUUUAUCCCUGUACGGACAGUGGCUACCACGGGACGCGGGCGACAUCAGUUAUAUGUAAUUUCAUUCAUCAUCAUUUCACAUAAAAAAUUACUACUAAAUUAUUUCUCAAUAACAUCAAAAUUGGUUUCAGAGAUCAAUCAAUAUUACAUGCAUACAAACUGUGAAAUUAGUAAAAUUGCAAAACGACGGCCAUAUUAAUUUAAGUUUUAUGACGCUCAAGUUCACGUAAAUAUCAGUUUUUCUUAAUACAACUGUUUUCUUUGAAAAUUGAACGUGAAAAUACACACGUUUAUGUCGUAAGUGAAAAUGGGAAUUAAAAUCACUACCACUCGUUCUUAUCUCUAAAAAGUGUAAUAAUAUUAAAUAAAAAACGAUAAAACUACGCUAAGUAAUAUAUUAAAACAGUAACACCAUUUAACUAUUACGAUAACCGAACCAUUUUCAGUUGUCAAAUCGCUGAUAUGACGUAAGCAAGUAUACGGCUGGUUAUGGUUUAGUUAUCGUUAUAGUUAAAUGGUGUAAUUGGCUCUUAGUGUCAUUUAUUAUAAACAAAUUGGCACUAAAAAUACUUUGAUUCUAUUGGUCGAAAAUUGUAUUGUCGUCUUUUUCCAACCCAGUGAGAAUGACAAAGUCAGAUAUAUAUUUUUUAAUGUGUUAAGACUAUAUACUCUAUUUGAGUAGGUACUAAAAUAAAGGUAAAAAUCUUGAUAGGAUGUUACACAAAUACAUAUUCAACAAAUCAUUGAACAUCUUUGACAGUAGUUACGGGUAGUCAGAAGCCAGUAAGUCUGACAACCAGUCUUACCAAGGGCUAUUGGUUUGCUCGGGUAACUGUGUUGAGGAGGUCAGAUAGGCAGUCGCUCCUUGUGGCACACUGGUACUCAGCUGCAUCCGGUUAGACUGGAAGCCGACACCAACAUAUUAUUGUAUUUACAUUGUUUUUUAACCGUAUAUUAUUUUUAAACUGAGUUUUCAAAUAAAAAGUAAUAUCAAGACUUUUACCAGUUAAGAGCCUACUUAAAUGGAUUAUAUUUACUUUAAAAAAACUAAACCUUUUUUUGAGUUUUUGAAAAAAAAUUGACAGCUGUCAAAAUAGCAUUGCAUCUCUGUCUGUUGUUCUAUAUAAAAGUGAGACGGCAAUACAUUUGAUUGACCAAUAGGAUUAGAGUGAAAGUAUGAGAUUUUCGGCCAUAAGCCAUCAUAUAUGUACGUAUUUAUAUAUGAAAUUAAUUGUGGUUCUAUGCUUGUACUAGAAGGGAUAUACGUUUUUUGUUUUGUUUGAAUAAAAAAAACUUUGCAAUGUGUACUAUAUAUUUGUGUGGGUACAUGUUAAAAAGGAAAAAAAAAACAGACAAAUAUUACUUUUCAACCGACCUCCCAAAAAAGAGAAGGUUUUUCAAAAUAUUUUUGAAGUUCGGUCUUGAAGGUAGGUAGGAAGGUAACUAACUAUUGAAAAAUCGUCUUAAAAACAACAAAAAUAAAUAUUACACAUUGCAGUAAAAUUAUUUUACAAAUAUUGUUUCAAGCCCGUUGUUUUAUCGACCGUCGCGACUAACAGCCGAUCCCAAUAUUCUGUCUAUCUGUUAUUUUGUAUACAUACAGUGCAGCCACCGACACAUUCACACUAUGUGCAUAUACACCAACACACAUUCGUGAAAUUAAACGUUUAUACUGUAAUAUUAGUUCCGUGCAUCGGAGAGCACGUUAAUAUCGGUGGUGCUUGUGAUCUCUCUCCGGUGGUGUCGGGUUGCCGUCCCAUCGCGGGCAAAGAGUGAAGGAAUACUGAGUGCACCGCAAUACAAGCUAAUGUGCCUGCACUAUAAUAUGUCCUGCGCAGCUGGCUAAUCUCCUUAUAUGAGAACAGCCGCCGUGGCUGAAAUCGACCGUGGACGCCAUUAUUUUAUUAUUAGUUCGCGACGGUCAGACGGUUAUGUAUGAAUCUGUGUUACUAUUCAGAGAUUGGUACAAUAUAUUUACUUCAGCUAAUUAUCUGAUCUAGUGAAUAAAAAUUAUGAAGAAAAUGAUCGAUUCAAUUUUUUUUUGGUAAAAAUUUGCAAUUAUCUAAAAAGUGAUGAUUUAAGACAAUGAUUUUAAAGCAGCAUCAUCAUUAUUAGUUUUUCCCCAACUAUGCUGGGGUCGUCUUCCAGUCUAACUUCUAUACGGAUCACUAAAAAUCAUGAUUAAUCAAUCACUUGCAGUAAAAGUAAAUAUACUUUACCAAUUUCUAACUACAGAUUUUUUUCUAAUGUACCAUUUUAUUUUUUUAAUAACGAAUGAGAUUUGACCAUGGAGAACAAAAUGACUAGCGGAGAUGUCAUAACGCAAAGUCUCCUAAGAAAGUAGCGCGACAACAUGCGGGGCGAGUGACGACGAACGUUACUAGCGCAGCAUUAUUUUCUAAAUAAAAUCAUCAACCAAUCAAGACCAGUCUUUGACAGAUUGGUUUUGAUUAGACAAGAAGCCCGAACGCCUCGUUAAUUGUAGUAAGUGAUCCCGGCUACCGCACGUUGCUUGAGCUACAAGAAGGCGCGUGACCUACCUGCCUUAUGCGAUCUCCGCUAUCUUUCCUUCCUCCGUGGUAGGAUCAUGUAUUUAGGGGCACAGAAGAAAAAGCAUUUGUAUACGUAGAUACAUUAGGAAUGUAAUAAAAUGAGGGUAAACGCAUACUGUACGUAAUUUAUUUAAAAAAUAACUGAAAAACCAUGUAAUCGGAAGAUUUUAAUAAAUUAUAUAUAAUUGUAUGUAUUGAUAACUUAGCUGUUUGUAGCCUUUACGGCCGAAAAUGCAGCUGUUGCGUUCGCUUGCGAUUUUUUUGUCGCUGCGUUUAGUCGCAGUUACAAAUCGCUGUCGCAACGCUUUUUACAGUAUUUAGAAAUGUUUUUUUUUAAUUGUUGGCAACUAUUUUGUAUUGAAACUAUGUAAUGUUAAUCUCGCUUCGGUCUCUCCUACUAGGAAGUAGGGAGAACUAUUUUGUAUAUUUCAUUGAAUAAUUUAUUUGGACAUAUCAUAUAAAAAUGUUUAUUGCUAAAACUUAGAACAAAAUGUAUUUUUAACUAUUGAUUUUUUAAAACUACAAUGACGUUAUUCGUACAGACUUUACCAAAGCGAAGUUUUUUACCAACCAAUAGAAUUUUCCGCUCAUAGAUAUAUGUUACAGCCAUCUAGCCAUAGUGAUUAAAUAAAUAUUAUACAUAAUGACUGGUCAUUAUAUACAAUACCCAAAUUGUGUAGAAAAUGUGAUAAUAAUCACUUUAUCUGGUCAUUCAUAAUAGAUGGUCAAAGUGAGUCAAAGUAAAAUAUAUUUUAUAACCAACUUACUUUUGACUAAUUCUUAAAAACGGCUCAAGUUAAUAUCGACUUUUUUAUGAUAAAUCAUCAAAUGACUCCUCCCGCUGUGGGUUAGCAGCGUGAGGGAGUGUCAGACUGUUAGUGAUUUAAACCCACUGGGGUUGCUGAAUCUAUAUACUAUUGAGCGGGCUGCGGGAUUGUUCGCGCUCAUUACCGCGGCGCUAGUACAUGGCGGGCUUAAGAAGGAACAUGGCGGGUUUAGUCAGUAAGAGUCUGACACUCCCGAGCGCUGCACCACAGCGGGAGCCGACAUUUGAUGAUUUCCCAAAAAAAGGGAAACUACUGAAUAUUUAAAUAACGAAAUUCUAUUGGUUGUUUAAAAAUAUUUUUUGAUAGAAUCUGGGCUUAAAACGACAAAUUACAAAGUUUUUUUUUUUUAAUAAAUGUAAACUUGAGCGUACUAUUUGCGAUUCAUAUUAUAAUUUUGAUAGCGUCUUUUUAUCAGUUUGACAGUCACAAUAUGAACAUAGGUGCGAAAAAUGUAUAAUACUCUGAUUGAAGCAUUUAUUUUGAAGUUUAUAUUGGCAAAAAUAGCAAUACAAUAAAUUUCACUGUUUCCUACGGUUUCACUCGCAUCAAUUCAACUUUAUGCUGAAAUUAAUUCAUAAUGAUAAAGAUUACGAACAUAAAACUAUAUAAUAUACAAACCUUUCUCAGUAAUCCCUCGAUCUAUUGGUGGGAACAGCAUCAAAAUUAGCUCAGUAGUUUGAGGUGAUUGCAAAUAAACACAGACUUUGUAGUUGGCUAUUUCUGUCAAUAUAAAAUAUUAUAUUGAUUAAAAACGUAUUAAGUCGUUUUGGCAGCUUAUUGAACAAAAUGCAGUCGAUAAGAAGUUUGAUAUCAAAGUUUUCAAUGAUUUUUGAAUUGAAAAUAUAAGUAGGUACAUACUUAUGCCAAAAUCCUGGAGCACAUUGUUAUAGAUAGACAAUAGCAUAACAUACUUAAUUAAAUAAAUUUAAAAAAUCAACAAAUGCAUGCAAUAUUUUUAUUUAUUACUAGCUGAUCCCGCGAACUUCGUAUCGUUUAGGUAAACCUUCCCUGGACCUCUACAAACAUUUUAAAACCAAAAUCAGCUCAAUCGGCCCAGCCGUUCUCGAGUUUUAAUCAGACUAACGAACAACAAUUCAUUUUUAUUUAUAUAGAUAGAUUUAAAAUAUUUUCAAUUCAAAAAUCGCUCAAAAUUAUAGAUUUUUCAACUCGGAGAAUACUGCCAAAGGUAUCAGUUUCUAACCGACUUCCCAAAAAGGAGGUUCUCAAUUUGGUUGUUUGUAUGUUUUUAGUGAAUAUUGUUCAAAAACAUUUAGUUGUGAUAUCGGCAGCCUGAGUUAUAUUUCUUUACAACUAUUUCGUGUAUAUUAUUAAAAUAUAAUAGCAAUGAUUAUUAUUUUUAUAUUAUUAUUAUUUGGAAGGAGCUAUUUAAUGUUCACAAUGUGUAAUUUGAAUAAAAGAUAGCAUUUUGUAAGUGA